AUGCGCUCGCUCACGUCCGCCAACACGCCGGCCGGCUGCAACAAUCUGUCGACUGCUUCUGAAGACCUCACCAAGAACAAGCCCAAGAAGCCCGACCCAUCCCGGCUUCACAGAAACAUCAGGCCAUCGUCGCUCUCGCCCGCCACCCGCAACCCCGCCCUAUCGUCAGCAGCAUCAACAGCAGCGUCGUCCAGGGCAUCUUCGCCUGCUCUGCUCUCGCCGACAUCGACGCCCUUGCGGCCCGUCUCACCAGCACCAGCAUCCGCGGGUCGCAAACCCACGGUCGCCCAGAUUCGAGCCCGAACCACAAAUAAUCCCGCUAGCACGCCCACGCGAAGGUCUGUCUCUGGCUCUGGCAUUGGCAGCACUGGCACCACCACCAACACUCCAACCAGCAGACCAAAGACUGCCGCUGCCGCUGGAACUAGUGCUGCGACUGCGACUCGCACUGCUGCCACUGGCCCACCAACCGCAACGGGGCCCCGGCCACGCAUCACAGCUACCACCACUAGAAGUAGAAGUACUGUGACCGUAACCACAAUUGGCGCAGGCACCACCAAAACAUCAAACUCCCACUCCACCACUACAACCGCCGCCAACCCAACCGCCGCCGCCGCUGCUACUGCUACUGCUGCCAAUCCAAACCCAAACCCAAACACAACAUCCUCUUCGCAAUCACCACCCGCGACCGCCUCCAAUACCACUACCACUACAACCACAACCACCGACGCCGACGACGCGGCUACCACUGCGGAAACUCCUGCUACUUCCCCUCAGGGUUCUGCCUCCGCCCGACGACAGCAACCUGCACUGUCCUCCAGCUUGCGCUCUCCUCUCCGCAACAGAGACCAAAAUGUCCUGAACCCCUCAUCUCGUCCUGCCAACGCUGCGCGAGCGAAGCCGUCGCCAACACCUUCGCCCACCUCAUCCUCCACACCUGCAUCCGCAUCCGCCUCUGCGUCCGCCUCUCCCACGCCCACCACAAUGCCCCCUUACGACAAAGGGGGCAGCACCACCACCCGCCAGCCGGGAAUGCCCUCCCUCACCGCAAAGGGAAUGAAUCGAGCUCCCCUCACCCCGAAAGUUGCUGCGAAGCCAGCCUCCGUCGUGACCCCCUUGGGCCGCCGCCGCAACGAUAAUACGAAUAACAACACCCAACACCCGACUCUACAUGCCGCUGCUGGGGGAGGAGCCAAGGACGACCUGACGAGUCCUGCGCCCUUCCUGGGCAAUAAUAUCACACCGCGAUCCGGCCCUCGCCAGAACCGCGUCGACAGCAAUAAUAGCACUCCUAACGGCACACCGAACCCCGACCGAACCAACGAUUGGGAUCACCAGCCCACUUUCCAGGCUGAGCCGGUAAGGAGACAAGUCGUUACCUUCAGCCCUGUCCCUUCCUCCGUCGGCAACCGCCACGAUGCCGACUCCAAAUUUUUCUAUGCAAGCGACGCCAAACCCUCAGCGCCCGCUCCCCAGCCCAAGCAGUCUGCUGCUGCUCCUGCCGCCCCACAGCGAGCUUCCACCUUCCUGUACGCCAAUGGCAGCGCCGUAGACAAGAAUCGGCCCACGUCCGCAGGCGUAGGCUUCACGCCGAUGCUCGCUCCCUCGCUGGCACCGUCAUUAUCACCGACGCUUGCGCCCACGCCGGAGCCGCCGCAGAGCAAGUUCUUUUAUGCAAAUGGAGCUCCAAACCUGGCUCCCGGCUUCAGGCCGUCUUCUGCAGCCUCGGGGACCGGGCCAACGAUCGCAGAGUCGAGAAAGAAGGCCAGGAAUUCAGCUGGCUCGGCGAGCGGUUUGUCGCUUGCGUCUCGGCCCAUGUCGCCCAACAAGCCGAUACAAGCUCCAGCAGCUCCGCCAUUAGUUAAGAGCAACAGUCAACCGCAGACUCGGACACAGAUGACCAGCCCGCCGCCCCUGGCGCCUUCGAUGCACAAGCGCAAAAUCAGCAUGGACGCCGUCUCUCAGGUAGCCAGCCAUGUCAACAGCCGGCCCGCGAGCCAUGUCGGCUCAGACGCUGCACCUACCGAUGCCAUGAUCAUGUCACAGUUCAUGGCUUCUCAAUCGCCGACUCCCUCCGGAGUGUCGUCUCCGACAAUGGCCAGCUUCUUCCCUAACCAGCCGAUCACGAUAGCCUCGAUAUUGCAGGCAGCAGAUGAGCUGAGCGAAUCUGAAGGGGAGGAAGAGGAGGAGGACGAUGACGACGACGAUUCCAGGGAUCUGGAAGAACUCCACAGCCCGACCCGGUCGAACCACGGCGACCCUCUGAACGAUAUGGUGAAGCACGCUAGGAGGGAACGCAAGGUGCAGGAUCUGGAGAUUACGAACGCUUCCCUGGAGGCCAUUAACAGAUCGCUCGAGAGGCAGCUCAGAAAACAGACGGCUGAGUUGAGGAGGUACAAGAGACUGUCCCGAUCUGGCCGUCUGUCCUCGGCACCCUCUGCGCCACCAGCCGAGGUGCCGUCUGAGCCGACCACGGGUCUUGGUAUCGAAGGCGUUUUAGAUCUUUCGGACCUUAGCGAGGAGGAGGAGGUUGAAGCCGGAGGUGAAGGCGGGGCCGAGGGCGAAGGCGAUUUAGAAGACCUCGAGGAUUCCAUGUUUGAGUCAUCGGAGCUUGACGAAACGGACUCUGCCAAAUCGGACCCCGAGCGCGACACUCGCCGGAGGAAACGAGACGAAAAGCGACUCCAGCUGGAUCUUACCAAGCACAGAGAGCUGCUGGUCGACAGCCAGAAGAUCAAUCAGAGCAUCAAGAAGUGCUUGAAUUGGACGGAGGAGCUCAUCAAGGAGGGCAAGAAGGCUCUCGAGUACAAGGUCCAACCCAGCGAGGUAAAACUGCCACCACGUGUGCUCCAGCCGGCUUACCUGCGAGACAACGAGGAUGAGGAGUCGCGUAAGGAUGGCGCGUCAGCACCGAGCAGUCCAGUGGACUCCCCGAGGAGUCUCACGCCAAAUUGGAGCAAAGAACCGCAGGACCGCGAUAGCGGUAUUGAGCUGCCGGCGGAGGGCUCAUAA